AUGAAUUGGGUGGAAAAAGAUUUGGAAUACAUUUGGCACCCAUACACUCAGCACAAAACAGCAAAGCCUCCCAUCGUUAUUGUCAAAGGAAAAGGAGCUUUACUGUGGGACGAAAAUGGAAAAGAGUAUAUCGAUGCCAUUGCUUCCUGGUGGGUGAAUCCUUUUGGUCAUAGCAACAAGUAUAUUGCGGACCAAAUCUAUAAACAAUUGACGAGCUUAGAACAUGUUUUGCUUGGUGGGUUUACCCACCCUCCAGCAAUCAUGCUAGCAGAGCGACUGUUAUCUAUUUUGCCCAAGAACCAAAGCAAAGUUUUUUUCUCGGACAAUGGUUCCACUUCUGUCGAAGUGGCUAUAAAAGCAGCCCUGCAGUACUUUUACAACAAAAAUGAAAAGCGAACAACCAUCGUAGCUUUUGAGGAUGCAUUUCAUGGCGAUACCUUUGCAGCAAUGGCUGCAAGUGGAAUUUCAUUUUAUACGAUGGCUUUCCAAGGAAUGUUUAUUGACGUUGUUCGCAUUCCCGUGCCUGUUCCUGGAAAAGAAGCACAAAGUUAUGAAACUCUUGAAAAAGUUCUUACUGAACAUCACUGCGCUGCUUUUAUUUUUGAAGUUUUAAUCCAAGGUGCUGGAGGCAUGAAAAUGUAUGAGCCUGAAUGCCUAGACAAACUCAUUGGAAUUUGUCAAAAGCAUCAAGUGUUAACCAUCGCCGAUGAGGUUAUGACUGGUUUCGGAAGAACGGGAAAAUUGUUUGGAUGUGAUUAUCUAAAAAGUCAACCUGAUGUGCUAUGCUUAUCCAAAGCUCUGACAGCUGGCACAAUUCCCAUGGCUAUAACUACGUUUUCCAAAAAUGUUUUCGAUGGCUUCUACAGCGACGACAUCAACAAGGCCCUCUUUCAUGGUCAUACAUUCACUGGAAACCCUACUGGAUGUGCCGCGGCACUGGCAAGUUUGGAUUUGUUACUGUCCAAAGAUAUGCAAGACAAUAUUUCUCGUAUUCAUCGCAGUCAUUUGGAAUUUCAAAGGCGUUUUAAAUCGCAUCCACGCGUGCAUACAAUUCGUGUGCGCGGUGUUAUUCUCGCACUCGAAGUUUCAUCUCAGCAGAAAGAAAGUUAUUACGGUAACCUCAGAAACAAUUUAUAUGACUUUUUUCUCAAGAAUGGAGUUAUGCUACGUCCCAUUGGAAACAUUGUUUACAUUCUGCCUCCCUAUAUAAUUUCUCACGAGCAACUGACGACUGUUUAUUCUACGAUUGAAAGAGCUUUAGAAGAAGUAGUAUAA